AUGUCAGACCCGCAGGACCAGAACACCAGCAGCAUAACCGCGGGCAAGUCCGGCCUCGACCUGACAGAGGAGGACGCCCUGCGGUACCACCUCUCCCUCGAGCCCCCCAGCUGGCCCCACCGAUGGGGCUGGGUGACCUACCGCACCGCGUACGCCCGGGACCUCGACGCGGGCUGGGCCGCCCUGCAGCGGCGCAUCCGGGACGCCAUGGCCAACCACGUCGACAACAACGCCGAGGAAGUCACCUUCUCAGAGGACAUGGCGAGCAAGCGGGACUUUGUCUUCGUCGAGGACACCGGUCUCGAGGGCGUGUCCGCCGAGGCGCUGCGCACGGGGACGUUCCAGCCCUGGGCGCUCGCGGAGGCGUCCGGGGUUGAUGGUUCCGCCUUCCGCGGGGCCAGGUAUGACUAUUUCCUCCAGGCAGAUGAGGAGGCGUUGAGGAGUGUGCUGGGCAUGUCCAACAAGGAAGAUGGGAACGUGCGGUAUCCGCCGCAUGUCAACAUCGUGCAGGCUUGGCCUGAUGUCGAUUCCGAGUUUGAUGAUGAUGAUGGAGAGGACCAGGCGCAAUCUGGUGGCGACCCCGGCGAAGGGCCGAUGGAUAGGAUGAAACUGCCCCUGGAUGAGCUUGGUGUGCAUAGUUACACGGAGCUGAACUCGCCGGAUAUGUGGUAUGUCUUGUUGAGGUCGGCGCAGGUCAAGUGUGCGCCAAUCAGGACUUGA